AGGGCUGACUGCAGCCCGGCGAGUCAACCGAGCCGGCGUCCGGGAGCUCGGCAUGGCGAUCCCCGCGGCUUCCAUGGGGCCCUCGGCGCUGGGCCAGAGCGGGCCUGGCUCCAUGGCUCCCUGGUGCUCAGUGACCAGCGGCCCGACGCGCUACGUGCUCGGAAUGCAGGAGCUGUUCCGCGGCCACAGCAAGACGCGCGAGUUCCCGGCGCACAGCGCCAAGGUGCACUCGGUGGCCUGGAGCUGCGACGGGCGUCGCCUGGCCUCGGGGUCCUUCGACAAGACGGCCAGCGUCUUCCUGCUGGAGAAGGACCGGUUGGUUAAAGAAAACAAUUAUCGUGGACAUGGGGAUAGUGUGGACCAGCUCUGUUGGCACCCAAGUAAUCCUGAUCUCUUUGUCACUGCAUCUGGAGACAAAACCAUUCGCAUCUGGGAUGUGAGGACUACAAAAUGCAUUGCCACUGUGAACACUAAAGGGGAGAACAUCAACAUCUGCUGGAGCCCCGACGGGCAGACCAUUGCUGUAGGCAACAAGGAUGACGUGGUGACGUUCAUUGAUGCCAAGACACAUCGUUCCAAAGCGGAGGAGCAGUUCAAGUUCGAGGUCAAUGAAAUCUCCUGGAACAAUGACAAUAACAUGUUCUUCCUGACAAAUGGCAACGGUUGUAUCAACAUACUCAGCUACCCAGAGCUGAAGCCUGUGCAGUCCAUCAACGCCCAUCCUUCCAACUGCAUCUGUAUCAAGUUUGACCCCAUGGGGAAGUACUUUGCCACAGGAAGCGCAGAUGCUUUGGUUAGCCUCUGGGAUGUAGAUGAGUUAGUGUGUGUUCGGUGCUUUUCCAGGCUGGAUUGGCCUGUGAGGACCCUCAGUUUUAGCCAUGAUGGGAAAAUGCUGGCAUCGGCAUCGGAAGAUCAUUUCAUCGACAUUGCUGAAGUAGAGACAGGCGACAAGCUGUGGGAGGUGCAGUGUGAGUCCCCGACCUUCACUGUGGCUUGGCACCCCAAAAGGCCUCUGCUGGCAUUUGCCUGUGAUGACAAAGAUGCAUUAAAAAAGAAAAACCAAAUCAAAAUAUACCUAAGUGAUGUUUGUAGGAAAUUUUGGAAAAAGCAGGUAAGCAAAAAGAAGACUCAUGUUCCUAACCCCAGGAGACAGUCAUUUUUGUGCUAAUAAGCAGUUUUGUGUAUAUCCUUCUAGGAGUUUUCCUAUGCUUAUAUUUUUAUAUAAAAACAUGUUUAUCUUUAUGAAAAUCUUGCAGGGUAGACAAAUCAAGUGUGACAAGAUAAAGCAUACGAGGUGCUCAGCACCAUGUUUGGCAGUAUAUUUAAUAAAACACUAAAUCUUAAUAGACGUCUCUAAUUAUUGAACAUUCCCCAUGUGUCUGGUACUGUAAUGAGCACUUCCCUCAAUUUUUGUAACGGCCUUCUGAGGUUGGGUGUGAUCACCAUUUUACUACUUCGGGGAGUCCAACUCAAUGUUACUCAUUAAGCGACAGUAUUGAGGUCUAGGUUUGCUCAAAGGCCUAUAUGCCUUCAAUUGCAGUGGCGGUUCUAUUUCCAUUUGCCCUACCCAUUUUACAGAUGAGUAAACCUUGGGUCUGAGCAGUUAACUCUUGGCCCAAGUUAGUGAUGAAUUGAGGCCUGUCUUCGGGCUCAUCAGUGUUUCCUGCAGCCCAGAACAGCCUUGGCCUCCACCUUCCCUGGAGAAUGGUCUUUUUAGUUGCAAACCAACUUGCCACCUCAUUAUGUAAGAAGUUCAGUAAUAUUCACGUCACUGGGAGUAAACUUUAGUGUCUUGUUUCUUGUCUAUGCAAUUCUGUCAUUCCCAUGGUGGCUGCUGUGUUUCUCUGUAUCCCACUGGAACCAUGUGCUACAGGUUCGGUCUAGAUCCUUGGUAUUUGAUCAGUUCU